UUUCGAAGUGUUUUGUUCGUCUGACAUAACCGCAAAACUUAAUAAUCUUUUUAAUAAUAGUUCCUGUUCCUUUAUAAGACUUCACUUUCAAUGUCCUCCUACAAAUACAGUGAGCUUAUAAAGUUGGGCACUCAAUAUGCCCGACGCAUGAACUACUUGUCCAAUCGCAUUUUCGGAGAGGUUGCACGAACAACAAACGAGAAGUCGAUGAAGGUGGUUCGCAUGUUUGCAGAGGAGCCCAUACAGAAGCGCGACUACGUUGUCAACUGGUAUCCUCGUCACGUGGAGACACAUCUCCUUAUGAAAAAUCUUAGGGAUUAUGGACUGUUUCGUGAUGAGCAUCAAGAUUUCAAAGAGGAGAUGAAACGAUUGCGCAAGCUGCGUGGCAAGGCACCACCCAAGAAAGGAGAAGGAAAGCGAGCAUCCAAAAAAUAGGCAAUAAUAAACAACAUUUUUAUUCAAGA